ACUCCCAUGGUCCAAACCCUGGGUGCAGAUGCAUACAUUAAGGGGGUGUGGUCUACAUUGGGGGGUGUGGUCUCAUUUCCUGACAGAGAAAUGAGUUCAAACCUCAGAGCUGUGGUUUUGAAGUGAACACAGGAAGUGUGGCUCUUAAACCAGUCACAGUGAGUCCAUGUUCGAUUUGACGCUGAGGGACGAUGGCUCCGACAUCUGUAUUCUGUGUCUGUGUCCUGCUGCUGUCUGGACUGACUGUUUCUGCAGUCUCUGUGGACGUCCGUCCAAACCUUCAGCAGUUCUUCAGAGGAGACAGUUUGUCUGUGAGUUGUGCAGAUGUUCAGACAGAUGGAUGGACAGUGAAGAGGACAAGGACGAAUGGAUACACUGAGACAUGUGGAGAGUUUGGAAGGAUGGACGAGUCAUUUUGCGUCAUCGAUUCUCUCGUGCCAUUGUCCAGUGGAGUUUACUGGUGUGAGACCAGUUCAAGACAGCAGAGUGACCAGGUGUCGAUCACUGUAACAGAUGAUCGUUUAAUCUUGGACAUCACUGCACUUCCUGUGGAGACAGGAAGUGAUGUGACUCUGCGCUGUAGAUACAGAGGUAUUUCAACAGUGGAAGCAGAGUUUUUUAAAAAUGGUCAGAAACUCACAUCCAUCCCAGUAAAAGAGUGGACCAUCUCUGUAGACCACCUGUCUGAUGAAGACCAGUACUCCUGUUAUGUUCCAUGGGUUCUAUCUCCACAGAGCAGACUGAGGGUCAAAGUUUCUGCCACCACUCCCUCUGGUCCUAAAACUUCAUUCUCUGGUCCUGGUUCCUCCUCAGAUCCUGGUUCUUCAGUGUCCGUUGUGAGGCUGUUCCUCCACCUGCUGGUCAUGAGUCCGUACUGCAUCUCCACUGUCCUGAUGGUGUCGAUCUACUGUAAAAGGAACACAGGAGGAAGAGCAGCUGUCGCCAUGGAGACCAGGCAGCAGCGCUUCGCAGAUGAAGACUAUGACGACAUGGCUGCAGGCGUCGCCAUGGAGACAAGGCAGCGGCACGUCGGAGACGAAGGGUAUGACGAUGUAGCUGCAGGCGUUGCCAUUGAACACGACUUCUGAAGAGAGGAGUCGACUUCGAUAUCGUUACUGCAGCGACCGAAUCCAUCAGAUUCCAUCGAUAAUGAAUAAAAGUCUGGUCAUUGCGACUAAACCAAACGACUAAAACUUAAAUCUUUUUUUCAGCUAUGACUUUAAAUGGACUUUUUUAAAUAAAAAUGAAUCUGAAACAUGAACCAAAACCAUGUAAAUGUGUUGAUUUGAUUCCAACCCGAGUCCAUUGGUUUCAUAAAGAACACAUUUAUUAUUGAAUACGUUCAUAAAACAUCACAUAGAAUCAGUUUGAUUCCAAAUAGAAUUAUACUCCUUAUUGUCUUUGAUAGAAAUGUUUUUAUUUCUAAUUUUACACUUUUCAUCUGAAACAGAAACUGAAAAACAAGGUUUUUUUUUCUUUUUUAUAAAUAAUGUGAUUUCCAAACUGAACAGAAUUAGUUUGUACAUAAAUGUUUCAUAAACUCUUUAAUAUUUUUAAUCUGGUUUUAUCUGUUGGUCAUGUU